AUGACCAUCCUCGCCUCUCAACUUUCUCCAUUUCCUCUCUCUGAAAACCACGUAACCAACGCCCACGACAUCGAUUCUGGAAAUGAUGAGAGACCAAUAAUAAGCAAAGAGUAUUAUCUUUUUGGCCAUCCUAUCUCACAUUCAGCUUCACCUCAUUUUCAUAAUUUGAUUUGGUCCAAGCUUUAUCCAGACCGGCGUUAUUCUCUAUGUGAUACUGCUAAUCUUACCCACGAACAAAUUGCGAAGAAGAUCAAUUCUGAUCCAAAAUUUGAUGGUGCUGCAAUUACCAUGCCUUUGAAGUCGAUGGUGAUGAAGAUUCCAGGUGUGAUCGAUAGGCUCACUCCUUCCGCUUUGGCUACUGGAGCAGUGAAUACCAUUGUUACUGAAUCCAAAACCGGAUCUCGGGUCGGUACCAAUACCGAUACCGAGGGUAUUCGACGUGCACUCCUCAGUCAACUUCCGUCUUCAAAGAUCGAUGCCUUUGAAGCCAAUACCUAUGCUGGAUUUGUGAUUGGAUCAGGUGCUACGACUCGAUCCGCAGUAUAUGCCCUCUCAUGUCUCAACCUUUCGCCUAUUUAUUUAAUUAAUCGAGAUCAUGAAGAAACUCUGGGAGUGAUGGGGCAAUUUCCUCACUUAGAUUUGAGAGCGAUUUUAGACGAAGAAGAUUUCGAAGCUGAAUGUACUGGUCGAUUUUCUAAACCGAUUCCCAUUGGAGUUGGAUGCAUUCCUGCUCUUGAACCGGUUACGGAUCAAGAGAAGAUGGUCUAUCAACUCGCACGUGCAAUCUUUUCUAUUCCUUAUGUUCCAGAGGCCAAAGAGACAGAUGAUGAGUUUAUCAAGGCACCUACAAGACCUUUAUUUUUGGAAAUGGCCUACAAGCCUCGUCAAACUCCUAUGUUGAUUAAUGCACAAGCAUCAGGUUGGGCAACUAUCGAAGGUAUUCAAGCCAUGAUUGAACAAGGACUAUCUCAAAGUAGGAUGUGGAUUACUGGAAAUGCAGAAGCGGUGACGAAUUUUGACAAAAAUAGCGGCAACAGAAUUAUUCCUGAGGAAAUUGAACUUGAAGCUAGAAAUUUUGUAGAAGGGCUUGGUGAUUUGUGA